AUGGUUAUUGAAGAAUAUAAACUUGUUGUAGUUGGAGAUGGUGGCGUUGGAAAAUCUGCAUUAACAUUAAGGCUAAUUCAAAAUCAUUUUGUUGAAGAAUAUGAUCCAACAAUUGAAGAUAGUUAUAGAAAGCAAGUUGUAAUUGAAGGAAAUACUUGUCUACUAGAUAUUCUUGAUACUGCAGGACAGGAAGAAUAUAGUGCUAUGAGAGAUCAGUAUAUGAGAGGUGGUGAUGGAUUUUUACUUGUUUUUGCUGUAAAUGAUACUAAUUCAUUUGAAAGUAUUGCUGCAUUUCGUGAUCAAAUAAUGAGAUGUAAAGAUAGUGAUGACGUGCCAAUGGUUAUGGUGUGUAAUAAAGUUGAUCUCCCAACAAAAACUGUUAGUGUAAGAGAAAUUCAAAGUGCUAGUCAGGCUUAUGGUAUUCCAUGUAUUCAGACAUCAGCUAAAGCUGGCUCCAAUGUUGAAAAAGCCUUUCAUACUCUUGUAUUGGAAGUCGCAAAAAGACGUAGGGCUGCUGGAAUGAAAAAAAAACCUAAAAAGCGUUGUUGUAUUCAAUAG